AUGUAUUUCUUUCUUUCUUCUUGCUUUUUCUUUCUCAUGACUUCUUUCAUUAAGUUUUUUUUUAAUUCUCUAUACCACCGCAGUUGUCUAAUGCGUAAACACCUAUCUAUCUAUCUAUCUAUUUUAGACUUUUCAUAUUUAUCUAUUGUAGGCUUUUCAUAUCUAUCUAUGUAUCUAUCUAUGUAUCUAUCUAUUUCAGACUUUUCAUAUCUAUCUAUUGAAGCUUUUCAUAUCUAUCUAUCUAUCUAUCUAUCUAUCUAUCUAUCUAUCUAUUUUAGACAUUUCAUAUCUAUCUAUUGUAGGCUUUUCAUAUCUAUCUAUGAAUCUAUCUAUCUUUUCAUAUCUAUCUAUCUCUCUAUCUAUCUAUUUCACACAUUUUAUAUCUAUUUAUUGAUGGCUUUUCAUAUCAAUCUAUCUAUCUAUUUUAGUCUCUUCAUAUAUAUCUAUUGUAGGCUUUUCAUAUCUAUCUAUCUAUCUAUCUAUCUAUCUAUCUAUCUGCGAGUAUCUAUCUGUUCGCUCCUUCUAUCUAUCUAUCUAUCUAUCUAUCUAUCUAUCUAUUUUAGACUUUUCAUAUCUAUCUAUUGUAGGCCUUUUAUAUCUAUCGAUGUAUCUAUGUGCCUAUCUAUUUUAGAAUUUUCAUAUCUAUCUAUUGUAGGCUUUUCAUAUCUAUCUGUUUAUCUAUAUAUCUAUUUUAGACUUUUCGUAUAUAUAUCUAUUAUAUGCUUUUCAUAUCUAUCUAUCUAUCUAUCUAUUUAUCUAUCUAUCUGCCAGUUAGGCAUGCAUAUUUAUAUGAAAGGGUAUCUAUCUGUUCACUCCUUCUAUCUAUCUAUCUAUCUAUCUAUCUAUCUAUCUAUCUAG